AGAGGUCUCUGCUUGCACAAUAGUAUAUGGAUACACUGUCCUAUAUAAGACAUCAGUGCCACUGUAGCAGCCUGACAGCUUCUCUGAGAUCCCUGAAAAUAAAGGAUGAGGGGCGUUCUGUUUCUGUCCUUGACCGUGGUGCUACUUUGCAGAGUGGCCUUUGCUGACCAUCACAAAGAUCAUCAUGACCACAAAGAUGACCACCACAAAGAUCAUCAUGAUCACAAAGAUGACCAUCACAAGAAAGGCGAUCACAAGCACCACCAUCAUUCAAAUGAAUCCUUGGCCUGCCACAGAAUAGCAAAUCAGAAUUCCGAAUUCGCAUUUAAGCUUUUCAGGCAAAUAGUUUCAGAAAACCCCUCUGAGAACAUUGUCUAUUCCCCAAUUGGUAUUGCUACAUCAUUAGCUUUAUUACUGCUUGGUGCCAGGGCCCAAACUCACAAUCAAAUCUUAGAAGUACUUGAUUUCAACACCUCUAAGAUCUCAGAAAAUGACAUCCAUGAGAGUUAUAAUCAUCUCCUGGAAAUGUUGAAUAAGGAAGACAGUGAGCUGCAGCUUAACAAUGGGAACGCUCUCUUCAUAGAGAACACACGUAAAAUCCAGCCAAAGUUCUUAGAUGACGCCAAGAAUCUCUACCAUUCAGAAGCAUUUUCUACAGACUUCAAAAAACCUGAAGAAGCUACCAAGCAGAUCAACGACUAUGUGGCAAAGAAUACACAUGGCCUGAUUCCUGAGUUGCUAAGCACUGUAAGCCAGGAUGCAGCUUUAUAUUUGGUUAACUAUAUUUAUUUCAAAGGGAAGUGGGAACACCCGUUUGAUGAGAAAGACACAACGGAAGGAGAUUUUCAUGUGAAUGAGAACACAACUGUGAAGGUGCCUUUCAUGACGAGAACUGGUUUCUACAAUGUCGCAAACAACGAGGACGCCAUUGUGAUAGCAAUACCCUAUAAAGGAAACGCCAGUUCGUUAUUUAUCUUUCCAAAAGAAGGAAAGCAGAAAGACGUGAAAGAGAACUAUAGUUAUGCAGCAAUAAAGAAAUGGAAGAAGUCAUUCCACCGACAGGUAGUGACACUAUCAAUCCCUAAGUUCUCCAUUUCCAGCUCACUUGACCUUAAAGAGAUAUUAAGUAAAUUGGGACUUGUAGAUAUGUUUACGGACAGCGCUGAUCUCUCUGGGAUCACAGGAGCACCCAGUCUAAAAAUUUCUAAGGCUAUCCAUAAAGCUGUACUGACGGUUGAUGAGAAGGGAACAGAGGCUGCUGGAUCCACAGCACUUGAGGCCAUCCCAAUGUCGCUUCCUCUACGGGUUGUCGGCGACCACCCAUUCAUGAUAUCAAUAUACCACCCCCCUAGCAGGAGUGUUCUCUUCACUGCAAAAAUUGCAAAUCCUGAGAAAUAACUCUGUUCAAAUCCUAUGCCUAGUUUCCUCUGAAUAAAAUAUUAUACUGUA